AUGUUAGAGCGGCUGUGGGUGGUUUCUAAAUGGCUGUUCGCAGCGCCUCCAGCUCCAGGCCAAGCGCUCACUCUGGCUCCAGACCGGGGACAACACGGGGCUCGUCACGCCUCGGGGUGGAGUGCCCCCGCCAGCGCCGCAGUGACCUCUGUGUUUGAUUCCAGACAGGCUGACGGCCGCAAGGUCCUGCGGUCCAGCGUCCGGGAGUUCCUGUGCAGCGAGGCCAUGUUCCACCUGGGGGUCCCCACCACGCGGGCCGGCGCCUGUGUCACCUCAGAGUCCACGGUCGUGCGCGACGUGUUCUACGACGGCAACCCCAAGCUGGAGCCGUGCGCGGUCGUGUUGCGAAUAGCCUCCACCUUCCUCAGGUUCGGGUCCUUUGAGAUCUUUAAGGCUGAAGAUGAGCACACGGGCCGUGCGGGCCCCAGCGUGGGGAGGAACGACAUCCGCGUGCAGAUGCUGGACUAUGUGGUCAGCACUUUCUACCCUGAAAUCCAGGCCACACACGCCAGCGACUCCGUGCAGAGGAACGCUGCCUUCUUCCGUGAGGUGACACGUCGCACGGCCCGGAUGGUGGCUGAGUGGCAGUGUGUCGGCUUCUGCCACGGCGUGCUCAACACGGACAACAUGAGCAUUGUGGGGCUCACCAUCGACUACGGGCCCUUUGGCUUCCUGGACAGGUACGACCCCGACCACGUGUGCAAUGCCUCGGACACUGCCGGGCGCUACUCGUUCAGCAAGCAGCCUGAGGUGUGCAAGUGGAACCUGCAGAAGCUGGCCGAGGCCCUGGUGCCCGAGCUGCCCCUCGAGCAGGGCCAGGCCAUCCUGGCCGAGGAGUAUGACGCCGAGUUCCGCAGGCACUACCUGAGCAAGAUGCGCAGGAAGCUGGGCCUCGUGCAGGCUGAGCGGGAGGAGGACGCGGCGCUGGUGGCCAAGCUCCUGGAGACCAUGCACCUGACCGGUGCCGACUUCACAAACACCUUCUACCUGCUGAGCUCCUUCCCAGUGGGGCCCGAGGCUCCCGGCCUGGCCGAGUUCCUGACUGCGCUGACGGAGCAGUGCGCCUCCCUGGAGGAGCUGCGGCUUGCCUUCCGGCCCCAGAUGGACCCCCGGCAGCUCUCCAUGAUGCUGAUGCUGGCGCAGUCAAACCCGCAGCUCUUCGCGCUCAUUGGCACCCGGGCCAACGUCACAAAGGAGCUGGAGCGCGUAGAGCAGCAGGCGCGGCUGGAGCAGCUGAGCCCGGCCGAGCUGCUGAGCAGGAACAGGGGCCACUGGGCUGACUGGCUGCAGGAGUACAGGACCAGGCUGGAGCAGGACAGGGAGGGUGCCGCUGACGAGGACGCCUGGCAGGCUGAGCGCAUGCGUGUCAUGCACGCCAACAACCCCAAGUACGUCCUGCGGAACUACAUCGCGCAGAAUGCCAUCGAGGCUGCCGAGAACGGAGACUUCUCAGAGGUGCGACGGGUGCUGAAGCUGCUGGAGGCCCCGUACCACAGGGAAGGGGAGGCUGCUGAGGUCCUGGAGGCCGCUGAGCCUGAGGGGGCCGGCAGCACAGCAGAGAGGCGCCGCUCCUACAGCAGCAAGCCCCCGCUCUGGGCCGCCGAGCUGUGUGUGACGUGAUCCUCGUAACCGCCUUGGAGGCCGGGAGGCCCCCAAGGCCCCAAGUGACACUGAGU